CCGUCAAAAUUUUCUCGACACAAAAAAGACCCCAGUCGUGUUUUUAUUGAAUUUUAACUCUGUGACUGUGUAUGCACUACGUUUUUACAUAAAAGAAAAAUUAAAUUAAACCAACAAACCUUUACAUAAACUGCAAUAAAAAUGGAAGAAAACAAAGAGGAGAUCUUUGCCAAUUUUCAAAGCAUCACUGGCAUAGACGACAUUGGAGAAGCUUUCUCCCAUCUCGAGGAAUCGAACUGGGAUCUAAUGGCUGCGAUUCAACGCGUCAUGCCACAGGAGGAGAGCCCCAUGGAAGAGGCGUCCUUCAGCUCGAGCAGAGCAACUACAAUGAACACUUUCUCGAGUGCUCCUUCCAAUUUCAACAGGUGGGACUCCAGUGGUGCUGAGAGUGCUUUUGUGCCAGUGGCUUCCACAUCUGCAGAGGCGAAACUUAUUGAUCUCACAUACGACACAGAUAUAGACUCGUUACAAAAAGAAGUGCAAACGCUAACAUUUAAUAUACACUUUAAUCAAAUAGUUUACACAAUUAAACUGCCGUCUGUUGCAACUGUUGGUCAUUUGAAAGAAAGAAUUUUCAAUACAACAAAAGUUCCAAUAUGCCGUCAAGCUAUACGGGGUUGGUCACCAGCUAAACUUCAAGAUGCACAAGACUCAUCGACACAGCUGUGCAAUUUAGAUUUAACUUCAGUAAAUGACCUUAUACUUAUUGAUCUUACGAAAGAAGGUUAUAUGGACGAUGAGAGUGAUGAAAUUAUUAAACGUUUCGAAAAAAUAUUCAAUCUGAAUAUAAAACAACAGCCUGAAGGCAAAGAGAUAUCAUUAAACCUUUCUGGCAAAGAAACUAUACUGCAAGUAAAAACAGACGUUUAUUACAUAACUAACAUACCGGUUAGACACCAGGAGUGGACUGGCUGGCCAGUUGGAUCAGAAAAUGGAACCACCUUAGCUCAAUCAGGCAUUGAUCUAUCUCAUAACUUAAUCCUUCAUUCUAACGCUGACAAAGGAAAGAAUAACUCCAAACCUAAUAAAGCCAAUAAGUUAGUACACACUAGUGCCUCUUCACACUCAUAUUUUACACAUAUUUUACCUUAUUACUAUCGUUUAAUUUAUAGUAGUAGCACAGUUGUUGUCGACAGCGAUAGUUCGGCCGAUGAAUUUGAAGAUGCUUCUGACUUCAAUGCUUGCGAAGAGUUCUUUACUGACUCACCGCCUGUUCAACCACAAUCUCGUCAUUUAAUUCCAAAUCACACCGAUGACGAAGCCCGUGGUUCGGGACAGUUUGUUGACAACUAUAUUCAAAGAUUUGGAGAACCACAUCCAGUAUUUUUCCGUGGAAGCUUAGAAGAUGCUCUAAAAGAAGCCUGCCACAAACCAGCCAAAGACAGGAAACUUCUGGCUAUUUAUUUACAUCACGGCGAGAGCAUACUUACAAAUGUAUUUUGUGACCACCUUAUGAAGCAUGACAGCGUUAUUCAGACGCUUAUUCAAAACUUUGUUCUCUAUGGAUGGGAUCUUACAUUCGAUAGCAAUAAAAAUCUAUUAUUAUCUUCGGUAUCAGCAUGCGUAGGAAAUACAGCUUCUUUGACUGUUCGAAAUAUCCCAUUAGAUAAAUUACCAGCAAUAUUGAUAAUUGGAAAGAGCCGAUUGUCUGGCCGCAGCACGUGCGAAGUCUUAUCUGUGAUUCAUGGGAACGUUGGACUAGACGAUUUGUUCUCUCGGUUAAUAGAGGCCGUUGAAAUGUAUUCUGAACAUAUUCAAGUUGAAAUUCGAGAAGAAGACGAACGGGCUGCUAGAGAUCAAGUAAAAGCUGAACAGGAUCUAGCUUAUCAAGUGACGUUGCAGGCCGACAUGGCCAAAGAAGCAGCUAAACAACAAAAAGAGGCAGCCAUUGCAGCAGAACGUCAGCGUUUAGAAUCAGAGCAGGCCGAACAAGAUGCCAAAAAGGAGUCAAUUCGUUUCGAAGCCGAAAGAGCCCUUCCAUCCGAACCAGAAGAUUCUGAAUCAAACAUCACAAAAAUUCGAAUUCGCAAGCCCACAGGAGAUUUUCUUGAGCGAAAAUUCUUUACUGGAAAUACAUUAAAGGAUUUGCUGAACUUUAUAACUUCCAAUGGAUUUUUGGUAGAAGAUCAUAAAGUAAUUGCCGGUUGGCCAAGAAGAGAUUUGGCAUCAAUUGACACUAAUCCAACAUUGCAAAGUUUAGGACUGUAUCCACAAGAAACCGUUAUUCUCGAGGAACGAUGAUUCACCAUGGUUUAUUAAAAUAAAAAUAAAAUAAACGAAACGAAACGAAUAACUCAUGCCUAUUUUGCUAAAAUAUAUUCUUCAUAAAUUAA